ACCAUCUUUACCAAAUUAACACACACAAGUACAGUGAGAUCCAGAGUAGUGCACUAGGACACAUAAAUAUAGCUAGACUACAUGGGGAUCUCUGUGGAGUUGUGGAGAGCUCGCAUUGGGCUGUUCAGUGGUGGGAGGGGAUCGCGACCACACAGUAAAGCUCCCUCGAUAAAACACCAGCCUCUACACUUUAGUGAUACAGUGGGUACUACUGCGAAAGUGGUUCAAGGAGGAUUGCUUUUAUUGUAUAUUCUCACAUUUCUGAGCUCUCAGGAUAAAAGCAAAUUCCUAAAACGUACAAGGAACGUUGGUCUUCUGGUGAUACUGAUUGCUGUGUUGCUCCACUCUCUUGCCCACCUCUUGCUGUUAGCUGGAGACGUUGAGAGCAAUCCUGGGCCUCAAAUGGAUGACGCACUAAAAAUGGAUGAUUUAAACGAAGCUCACACUAAACUGUACGACUCUCGGAACAAAUGGUUCGAGAUUGGACAAGCUCUACAUGUUGAGGAUGUCAUACUAGAUAGCAUCAGAAAGCGGUAUGCUAAUGAUGGCAGCACCUGUCUUCGUGAAAUGCUUGAUCACCGUUUGAAAUCAGUGCCUCCUCUAACCUGGAAGGAGUUACUUAAUACUCAGUAUGCAUAUCUGUCAUUAGGAUCAUCUGCUCAACCAGUGAGUACAGUUCUUCAAGUGCUAUUGGACAAAUAUCAACUCAGUCCUUCUCAAGUCGACUGUCAAAUUCAACAAACGCACAUACCAUAUUUGGCUGCCUUUUUUGAUAAUGUUGGUUUCUAUGUCGAUGUGAUGGAAUUAACCCCUGGGGAACAAACCGAUGUCAAAGGUGCAGAAGCUAAUCAAUUAGCCGUGAUCCAGUGCUUGAAACUCUGGAAAGGAAAGAAUCCUGCACGAGCGACAUUCUUGACCCUUCUGGAGAUGUUGGUAAAGUUAAGGAAGGAAGAGAUUGCCGAUCAAAUCUGUCAGUACUUAAAAGAGGAUAUCAUCACCUCACUUCCAACACAGUCUAGUAUUCAAGGAGCAUCUAACUCACCUGAAGAAUCUAAUGUGGUAUCAGGAAAAUGUAUGCAGGAAAAACUCACCUCUGCCAAAUGGGCCAAGUGGGAGCUGGACUCACUAGAAAUGGAUAAAAAGUUCUCAAAUUUGGUAAUGAAACUUCGGAAGUCUUUGGAAAGUCGAAUUGUUUUAAAGCAGUUGACCACUUGUUUAAUGGAUGUGAGCUGCUACAAGCAAGUGUUCAAAAGCCCCAACCAGUGUUUGUUUUGGGAGAAACAAGAGGAUCUACAAAAGGCGAGCGAUAUCUAUGAUGUAUGGGAUGUUAUCCGUGGCUAUUUUUCAUAUUUUUCGUAUGGAUUGAUUGAGCAUCUCACUGACCAUCUUGGAAGUGAUGAAGACAAGGACAACUUUUUAGUCUAUGUUAAAGAGUUUAAAGAGUAUGCGGAACGAAGGGUUCAGUACCCGACGAAGUUUGAUUGUGGUUCCAGAGAUGAUAGUACUACGAUGAUCGUGAAGCUUGACUCUACUUAUGACAAAUGUGAGCUUCUCUACUUGAAACAAUUUGAAGAAAAUCUAGCAAAAAUACUUGCAGUUGAUGUAAAAACGUUAAUACUUUGUGGAAUUAAUGAAGGCUGCGUUCAACUUGUGUUUGAGGUACCCUCUUUCAUUCCUCCCGACAUCUUCCCACUCACACCCAAUCAAGAAGCAGAACUAAAGGAUCUUGGGGUAAUCCAAUUGGACUGCGAGGACUAUCAUUUCGAAGUACAGGAUGUCACCUCUCACAGUUCAGAUAGUGAUGCUGACUCGGACAACGAUGAUAAUCAAAGUGCUCAGCCAUCUGUGGAACUCGACGAUCAGUCAAUAGCUGUGAAAUCAAAGAGUUCUCAUUCUGAUUCUGGAUAUAAUACUGUGUCAUCAAAACGUCUACCUAGCCAAACCUCAUCAACAGUACAUACCAAAUUGGAAAUUGACCUCGACGCAGAUCCAGAGUUGAACGACAUAGCUUUGCGUUUGACAAGUUUGCUGUCAGGCAUUAACUCCUUCCCAGCAUACAUACACUUUUAUGCCAAAUGGAAUGAAAUACCACCAAUCAAGCUUCAUUCAGCCGUAUUCAAUGGAAAAAUAACCCAAGUUCGGUUCCUGAUUGAAGUUCUAUACUGCAACAAUUCUGUUGAGCAAGGUCAAUUUCUACUUCACGUUGCUGCAGCUUAUGGACAUCUCAAUAUUGUUAGGUACUUCAUUGAAGACAGGAAACUCAAUGCGGCAACUGAAUCCACAAACAAAGAAACACCACUUCAUUUUGCUGCGCUCAAUGGACAUCUGCAUAUCGUUAAGUACCUUGUUAGCACUCAGCUGGUCGAUCCCGCGAGUCUGGACAACAAUAAUUGCUCUCCACUACACAAUGCCUGCAGAAGUGGGAACGUCGAUGUAGUAAAGUACUUGAUGUCUGAGAUUCAACAGCACCAACUACUGAAUGUGGAUGAGAAGGCCAUCGAUGGAAUUACACCUAUCCAUUUUGCUGCUGCAACUGGUAGCCCAAAUUUAAUACGAUUUUUGCUGAAGGAGCUUAAACUUUCUUUUCAAGUGGCUGAGUGUGACUUACAAAGCAAAGACGAGAAAGGGAGGUUGCCUUUUCAGACUGCUGCAAUGUAUGGCCACACUGAAGCUCUAAAGAUAUUAUUGAAGGAACCUGGCGUACAAGUUAACUCGUUGAUGAAGGACGAUUUCACAGCCCUACACAUUGCAGCCGGACAAGGAUACUUGGAGUGUGUUCAAAUUCUUCUUCAAAAAGGGGCUAACCCAAAUUUUCAAAGCUCUAAGAAAUUCACUCCUCUCUGGUUGGCUAGUAGAAACGGGGCCAAAGAUAUUGUUAAUCUGUUGAUCUCUGCUGGAGCAAGUGUUCAUCUGUCAAAUACGUAUGCCGGGUUCACUCCUCUUAUGGUUGCUUGUCUUGAGGGCCAUGCUAGAGUUGUGGAGCUACUGAUCGCUGCCAAUGCUCAAAUUGAAGGCCGUUCUCUAAAAGAUUCAACGCCUCUUAUGCUGGCUGCUGGUCGAGGACGAUCAAAGUGUGUCGAUGUUCUCAUAAGGAAUGGGGCUCGGGUCAAUGCUAAGACCAAACAUGGAUUCACAGCUCUAAUAUCUGCUGCUCAAGAAGGUCAUCCUGAAGUUAUAAUGCAACUUAUCUCUGCCAAGGCUCAGAUCAAAGCUCGCAAUCAGUAUGGUCAUACAGCUCUCCACAUGGCUGCUUUCAAAGGACAAUCGGAGUGUGUUAGUGUUCUUCUCAAGAAUGGAGCAUCCCCAAAUUCAAUAGACAAGAUGGGGUUCACUACUCUUAUGAUGUCUGCUCGAGAUGGUCAUCUCAAGAUUGUGAAACUUUUGAUUGCUGCAAAUGUUCUUGUCAAUGCACGAGGUGUCAAGAAUGGAACAGCUCUCCAUUUGGCUGCCAUUGGCGGUCAGACAGAGUGUGUCAGAGUUCUCCUAAAGAAUGCUGCCAAUGCCAAACUAAAAGACGAAAAUGGAGGCACUGCUCUCAUGGCAGCGGCUCACUUUGGUCACCCCACUGUGGUUGAUUUACUCAUUAAUGCAAAGGCUCCACUUAAUGCUCAAUUAUUGGAUGGAUCUACGGCUCUAUUUCAAGCCACUGGUGCAGGUCAUACAGAGUGUGUCCAUGUACUCCUUAAGAGUGGAGCUGACGCCAAUAUUGCCGACAAGGAAAGAUGGAGCCCUCUAUUGAUAGCAUCACAAAAUGGUCAUCUUGCGAUAGUGAAACUAUUGGUUGCUGCCAAAGCUCGCGUUAAUGCUCAAGGACCACAUGGAGCAACUGCUCUAUUAAUAGCUGCUUUUCAUGGACGAACAGAGUGUGCCCGAGUUUUCCUUAAAAAUGGAGCCGAUCUAAAAGCUGUGGACAAAAGUGGGUGGAGUCCCCUCAUGAAAGCGGCACAAAAGGGUCAUUCGUCUGUGGUUAAACUUCUUCUUGCUGCGAAGGCUCCAGUAAAUUAUGCUUCCUCCAUCAAUGGAUCUACAGCUCUAUUUCAAGCCACUGACAAUGAACAAACAGAGUGUGUCCGUGUACUCCUUAACAAUGGAGCUGAUGCUAAUAUUACGUAUGACCUCAAGGAGAGAUGGAGCCCUUUAAUGCUUGCCUCUCAAAGAGGUAAUCUCGCUAUAGUGGAACUAUUGGUUGGUGCGAAAGCUCACGUCAAUGUCCAGAAUGCCAGAGGAACGACAGCUCUACAGCUAGCAGUUAUCAAGGGACAAAUAGAGAUUGUCAGUAUUCUCCUCAAGAAUAGAGCCAAUCCAAAAGUUAUGGAUAAGAUGGGAAUAACAGCAAUGGACACAGCAAAAUUGUGUGGUCACUUUCUUAUAUACCAGAUGCUAUUGGUAUACCAAGUAGCUAGUGUGCUGUUCAACAGGAAGUAGUGUAUGGAUUAUUAUUGCUAACUAUGAAUUAUGCACACUCGGCCGGCUUUACAAUUAUGUGCAUGACAUGUAUAGACUCUAUAAUUAUAACUAGUUUGUCGAUACUUUUUUGUCUACAGUGUAUUA